AAAAAGCGAAGUGAAUAAGUUGUGUAGAAAAGAUUAGCCAAACAUGCCCUGACUCUAGAACCGCCGCCAUUACGUUUUCAUCUCUUGUAACCUCACCAUCAUCAUCACCUAUGUUUGUUGUUGCGAUUACUCCGCACAUAGCUGCCCCUCUGUCGGCCACCGCUGCUCCCUUCGCACACCGCUUUCAUCCCGUUUCAUUCAAAUUCAGCUGAAGGUGCACAUCGAUCCUGCCGGAGCCUGCUACUAGAAAAACGAACCUGCAACUGAACCUGCAAGUGUGAAUUUGAAGUUGUCCAAAUCGAACAUUACCCGACCCGUUACCACCAGUAUGCGAUAAAAGGCCACAAGAUUCCUGGAGAAUAAUCGAGAUCUGAAAAUGGCGAUAGUGAGCUUUUUCAAUUAGAGUUGGUCAUCUAAUUCAGGUAAUCCGGGAAUAUUUGGGGAAUCAGUGAGGAGCGUUAAAAGAAGUUGACGAUCACUUGUUAAUUGUAUUAUUUGUAACCUAAUAAAAAGUUUCAAACUUUCAACCACCGUUGCAACAAACAUGAGUCCCGUGGGGAAGAUACUGAAGAAAUGCUUAGGAGACAUGAGUUUCAACACGGGCGGCGGCACCAUCAACUGGUACCCGGGCCAUAUGGCCGCCGCCACUCGCGCCAUUAACGCUCGCCUCAAGCUCGCCGAUCUCGUCAUCGAAGUUCGUGAUUCACGAAUUCCGUUAUCGUCUGCGAAUCAAGACCUUCAACCUCGAUUAUCCACCAAACGGCGUGUAAUUGCUCUCAAUAAGAAGGAUUUAGCUAACCCCAAUAUUAUGCAUAAAUGGGUUGAUUACUUUGAAUCCUGUAAGCAAGAUUGUCUUCCUAUCAAUGCACACAGCAGGAGCUCUGUUCAGAAGCUUCUUGAACUUGUUGAGCUGAAACUGAAGGAAAAGAUUGCGAAAGAACCUACUCUUCUUGUGAUGGUGGUAGGCGUGCCAAACGUCGGGAAGUCUGCUUUGAUCAACUGCAUUCAUCAAAUUGCAUCAUCGCGUUUUCCUGCGCAGGAGAAGAAGAAACGAGCAAAAGUAGGACCCUUGCCUGGUGUAACUCAGGAUAUUGCCGGAUUUAAGAUUGCACAACGACCUAGCAUAUACGUACUCGAUACCCCAGGAGUACUUGUACCUUCCAUUUCAGACAUUGAAACAGGAUUGAAAUUAGCUCUUGCAGGAUCCGUGAAAGAUUCUGUCGUGGGUGAAGAACGUAUUGCCCAGUAUUUGCUUGCGGUUCUAAAUACACGACAAACACCCCUACAUUGGAGGAAUGUGCAUAAUAACACCUUGAAAGAGCCGCAAAAUGAAACCGAUGAUAAACGUGAUUAUAAUAUUAAGGAUCUUUUGCCUAAAAGACGAGCUCUCCCUGUUGCAUCGAAUGUGCAUUACGUGGAGGGUAUCGCGAAAGAGGUACAAUGCGCGUUAUAUUCGACUCUAUCAGAAUUUAAAGGUGAUUUGCAAGAUGAAGACGAGUUGGAGAUUUUGAUCGAAAAACAAUUUGAAGCGUUGCAGAAGGCAUUAAAGAUCUCGAAUAGAGCAAACGAGGCUCGUAUGAUGGUAUCUAAGAAAUUUCUUACUUUAUUUAGGGCUGGCAAACUUGGCCCAUUUAUUCUUGAUGAUGUUCCUAUUGUCACUGCUAAAUCUUGAAUCCACUGGAAUUCAGAUGACCCUUUUUUGGGCCAUUUUUAACUAUUUCCUUCUAAAAAAAUCAGUUUUUAUAUUAAAUAUUAAA